ACUGGAGCACCAGUUGUAACUCCAGGACAACCAGAAGUGAUAACAGCUAAAACGGAAGUGAUAACUGCUGGGCAAGAUAUUACAUCCACUGGAGAGGAUGUAAUAUUUCCAGGAAAAGAAGUAACGACUUCAGUAUGGGAAGGAACAGCUACACAACCAGUGGGUACCACUGCAGCAUCACAAAGAACAUCAGGGAGACCAAGAAUAAGAACUACGGGUCCAGAAUCAACUCCACAAGUACUUGUUACRACCACUGUAGAAGAUGUAAUAUUUCCAGUACCAGAAGGAACAACACUAAAAUCGGAUGCCACGACUUCUGCAAAAACUACUGWACAGACCACUGAAUCGUCUAAAGGUACUAUUGCAACACCUGUUGACAUAACUGCAUCAAUUGUAGAAACUACUGCAGCGCCACCUGAAUACACUUCAACUGUGGAUACUUCUUCUACAACAACUACACAAUUACCUGUUAAGACUGCUUCAGCAACUGGAGAAAGUACUACARCACCUAUCGGCACAAUUUCUUCAGCUAUAGAGACUACUGGAUCGCCUCUAGAUACUAGCAGUGCAACAACUGAAAAGACUACUGUAGCAUCUGGAGAGACUACUGUACGAGCUGUGGAUAGUAUUAUGACACUUGUAGAUACUACCAGUGUAACAACUGGAGCAACUGUAGAAACUACUGCAGCAGCUAUCCAGACAACUUCUUCACAUGAAGAGACUACUGAAUCACCUGUAGAUACUACCAGUGGAAUCAGUGUAAAGACUACUGAAGCAUCUCGAGAAACAACUACUCAUGCUGUGGAGACUCCUGUGGCAUAUGUAGAUGCUACUAGUGGAACAACUGCAAGACCUCUAGAAACUACUGCACCGUCUGUGGUGGCAACUUCUGCACCUGCAGAAACUACAUCAUCAACUGUAGAUACUACCUYUGUAACAACGGUAAAGACUACUGUAGCRUCUGGAGAGACUACUGUGACASCUGUAGAUGGUACUAGUGGAAUGACUGUUAAAKCAACUACAACAUCUGUAGAAACUGGUACAGCACCUAUCRAGAMAMGUGMUUCUGUAGAAACUACUGGAUCAUCUGUAGAUUCUACCAUUGGAACAACUGGAAAGACUACUGAAGCAGCUAGAGAAACAACUGAAAAACCU